CUUGUAGGAAGAAUCGUCAGUCUGAUUCUUGACUCUCUGGAAAUCGCGAGUUAUCGUUAGACUGUUUUUACAUUACGAGUGAUAGUAAUGAUAACGAUAGAGUGUAUUGUGCCCGUUGUGGUGCUACUGCUGGUUAAUGGAUCUCUUGGAUACCCAAGUAUCCUCGAGGGUAUAGCUGACCGACAUCGUCAGCGAGUGGAAAAUCUGGGCUCCCUCCUGGACCCCCUGGGCAUCUUCCACCCGAACAAAGGGGCCGAGGCCUCUGCCAACGCCAAAGCCACCAAUUUCCAUCAUGGCUUCCACCUCGGUCCACUUGGAUUCGAGACAUCACUGAAUCACGCGUCAGCCAAUUCCAAAGCCAAUGCCAACGGGAAUGGUGGUGCCUCAGCUGGUGCUGGAGCUCAGGCAUCAGCAGCUGGCGCCUCUGCCAACGCCAAUGCCCAGGCUCAAGGCUACGGCAACGGCGGAUAUGGAUCUGGUGAAUAUGGACCUGGCGGAUAUGGAUCUGGUGCAUAUGGACCUGGUGGAUAUGGACCUGGUGCAUAUGGACCUGGUGGAUAUGGGAAUGGAGCCUCUGCCAAUGCUGCUGCCAAUGCGAAUGCCAAUGUCAACGUCAAUGGCUUCCCUGGAGGAUUCAAUGGCGGAUCUGUCGGCGGUUUUCCUGGUGUUCCCGCUGGGGGAUUCCCCGGUGGUCAUCAGGGCGGUUAUCUGAAUGGAAAUCACGGUGGACACUAUGGCGGCGGCCACGGCGGCUACUCUGGGGGACCCAGUGAAGCCUCUUCCAGCUCACACGCUGAAUCUGACGCUCAAGGUCACACCCAUACCAACACCAACACGCACACGCAGGGAAAUGCUCAGGCCGGUGCUGACGCGAACGCAAGGGAGGCAGACAAUUACGGAGGAUAUUACAAAGACGGACAAUCGCCGGUUGGAAAGCCUCCGGGACCAGCCGGAUGCACUCGGUGCAGCGGACCGAGUCAGGGUAAUGCUGGUGCGACAGCUAGUGCUGGUAGCACCGCAGAGGGAGGCGGAUCAGCUAAUCCGGUUCUGGUGCCGGUGGUCAUUGUCGAUGGGCCACCAGACCGUUCAUACAGACCACAACGACCAACACCCCCUCCACGUCGUCAUCAUCAUCAUCACCAUCAGCGACCUCACAAGCCCAAACCAUCGCCAGCAUCACCCCAACCACCACCAUCACCAAUAAUACCUCAACCACCACCACCACCUGCGUCCCCUCAACCCAUCUAUCCCCUUCCUCCGAUGCUUGUCCAGCCACAGCAACCGGUGGAGCGUCCAACGCCUCCCGUGACAGCUCCAGGUGGUGGCUACAAUCCCGGAUCUCAUGGCGGUUCUGGAUCCCACGGUGGUCAAGGAGUAGGGACCUACCCGAACAAUCCUUUCUUGAAUGGAGGCAGCGGUUCCAAUGCCAAUGGUGGUGCUAGUGGUGGAUCUUACGGACAACAGGGAGGCGGUCAAGCUGGCGGAAGCUACGGUCCCCUCGGCGGAGGUUCUGGUGCAAAUGCUAAUGCUCAAGCGAGUGCUAACGCAGGAUCAAGCGGUGGAGGAUACGGUGGGUCUCAGGGUGGAAGUGGAUCGAUUGGAGGUGGUCCGAUCGGAGGAGUUAAUGGCGGCUCUUCUGGGAGCAGCCCCGUCUAUCCAGGAUCAGUUGGUGGCGGAUACGGCGGAUCAUCCGGGUCGAAUGUCAAUGCAAACGCUCAGGCCGGGAGUCAAGGACAAGGGGGAUUAGGAGGAUCAGGCUAUCCGGUUUCAGCGGGUAAUGUGGGAUCAACUGGCGGUGGAUAUGGGGGGUCUAGUUCCAGUGCAAACUCUAAUGUUCAGGCUGGAGGUCUUGGGCAAGGUGGCUCUUCCAAUCAGGGCGGUGGCUCCCAAGGAAGCUAUGGUGGUUCCGCAGGGAGCUUAGGAGGCUCCUACAACACACCAGCUCCAGGCGGUAGCUAUGGAGGCUCUUCAGGAGCGACUGCUGGUGCUAACGCUGGAGCGGAUGCUGGUGCUAAUGCUGGAGGUCAUGGUCAAGGUACUUCUGGAGGUUCGCUCAAUCAGGGAAGUGGUUCGUAUGGUGGUUCCCUGCAGGGAAGCUACGGUGGCAGCAACCAAGGAGGUUACGGUGGCUCGGUAGGAAACGUGGGAGGCUCCUACAGCACUCCACUUCCAGGCGGCAGCUAUGGCGGCUCUUCAGAAGCCAACGCUGAUGCCAGUGCCACAGCUGGAGGUUCUGGACAAAGUAGCUCUGGGGGUUCUCUCAAUCAGGGAAGUGGCUCUUACGGUGGCAGCUCCCAAGGAAACUACGGCGGUUCAUCUGGAGGUUCAGCAGUUCCAAGCAAUAGCUAUGGAGGUUCAUCUGGAGGCAACGCUGGUGCCAAUGCUAAUGCCAACGCAAACGCUGGGGGUGUGGGACAAGGAGGAGUAACUAAUCAGGGUUACGGUGGAUCCCAGGGUGGUUCUCAGCCUGGAAGUGGUUCUGGAUAUGGAGGCACUUCUCAAGGAGGUUCUGGAACCGGAGGAAGUUCUCAAGAUCUUCCAAGACCCAUUGGUCCAAGCUAUGGAGACAGCGGCUCAAGUGCUAAUUCUAUCGCAAACGCCAACGCUGGAGGUUCAUCAGGACAAGGAAGUUCAGGAAACUACGGAGGAUCUUCCGGAAAUUAUGGAGGAUCUUCAGGAAACUACGGAGGUUACUCCGGGGAAUAUGGGUCGAACGGUCGAGGUGGUGGCUCUUCGGGAGCUACCGCAACGGCGACCGCCAGCGCUAAAGCCACGGCCAACGCAGUAGCAAAUGCCGACGCCAGUGCCAACGCCGGUUCAGGUUCUGGAAAUAUAGCAUCCAACCACGUCCCCGGAGCUCUGGACUCCUACGGCGCUCCUCUCGCCGGUUACGGCGGCUCAAACACCGUCAAGGCUGGAGCGACGGCUAAUGCCAAUGCCGUUGCAAACGCCAAUGGCGGCGCGGCAAAUGCUAAUGCAAAGGCCGUUGCUAAUGGCUCAUUAGGACACUAUGGAAAUGGCGGCGCUAGUGCAUCAGCCAACGCUAAUGCCAACGCCAAUGGCUCAUUAGGACACUAUGGAAAUGGCGGCGCUAGUGCAUCAGCCAAUGCUAAUGCCAACGCCAAUGGCGGGGGAAAUGCUCGAGCCACUGCCAAUGCCAAUGCCAACGCCUCCGGUGGAUUAGAAUCAAAAAGUUCAGCCUCCGCUGAUGCCACUGCCACCAUCGACACCAGGCAGAUGCUGGUGUUUACUGACUAAUGCUCAUUACAAUGACCUCGCAAUGAUAUGCUUUAUUCCUCUAAUUGUAUAGUAGUAUUUAUAAAUUGAAUCAUUAGGUUUAUUUAUAGAUUAUGAAAACUGUCCGUAAAUUUGUUGGUAUAUUAGUGUACCUGGACGUGUUGUCCAGUGUACGUUCUUGUUUUAUGGUCAAGAGUGUUGAAUAUCGGCGGUGGAAAUAUUCUUAUAUUAUUCAGGUUGUGGUGGUGGCGGUGGUGUUGAAAACUUGUGAAACCUGUUUCACAGGGAAUUACAUUGCUCCGUCGCACCGACCCACCGUCUGCUCACACGGCCAACUCAAUGCCGCAAAUACUCUUUCGUGUGAUGUUCGUCCUUUAUGGAUGAAUACUUUAUUUUUAAUGUACCGAUAUGUUCAAGGUAAUUAAAUGUUAUUAUAUUUCAUACGCAUUCAUUGAAAUUACCGAGUGGCCAAUUAUUAUCUUCCAUCAUUACUUAAAUUACUGGAGAUUCAUCGGUGGGUUCUCCAGUUUUAUUUAUAUGUCAUUGAAUGUAAGGAGGAAAGAAAAAAUAAUGUCAUGUCAUAUGUGAAAUUACGAUCAAUAAAAGUGAGUUCAAUCAAGCAAAA